GGAAUUUGCUGCCUCUAUAUAGCGGACUUUCACAUUCCGUUGAUGUGCACUAGCAUAACUAAACGCGGCACGGGCGCUCCGAUGAUGGUUUUCGCACUGGUGGCCCAUCAACGAAACCGACCCCGCCCAUAUGGCGAAAAUGAUUCAAAAUCAUAAUGGCGAGCACCUGUGUCUCUUGAAGCCCCUGGACCCGCAUGGAAUAUAGGCGUCGUCGUAUGCUUUAUUUCUGGACCUUGUCGAGCCUUGGUUUUUGUGAUGAUGAGCCCGGAGCGGUCUUUGGAUUCUUGGCUGGCCAGUUGACGCCCAGAACCUAUGCGGAGAAAACGAUGCUACGAACUUGCAAUCCAGUCACUAUGCAACAACAGACUCGAUUAUACCGUCAUCAGCGUCCAUCAAAAUUCUUGAGACAUUCUACGUCGGUAUUUUUCAUUCUCGGGCGUCUGCAAUGAUUCCUCCUUGUGUCGGUCUAUGCGUCGACUGGUCUGGUUUCUACUCCCAGCGAAUGUACACUGCGAGCAGUGUGAUACCUGUCAAGAUCCUAUCCUCUAACGGAGACGAAUAACAGGUUGAAUCAUGAUUUGAUGCGGCAGCAUCUCUUUAUCUCUUUCUAGGGCGAAUCUGUUGGAGAAGGGGAAAAGGUGAUACACAUAAUCCCGGUUCUGCCAAGGAGUGGCCUUUCCUACAACGAGGGACAUGCCUUCCAAAAUAUCUCUUACGAUGUCGAAUAUAUUCUAGCGCUAUGAGUUGCUGGGGGCUCUCUUCUGCCGGCCGUCGUAUGGAGUGUUUGGGAGUAUGUCUGAGGACCGGAGACUUCAUCGACUUUGCCCUCAGUCUCGAGCCACUGAUCGCCCGUCCGUAAGUGCAAUCACCGUGUCAAAUUGCUAGAGGAGAUGGCUGGACCGCUGACAUCAAUCUCUUUUCAUGGCCCCGUGAGGAUCCAUGCGGGACCGAAUAUAUUGAGGACCGGCUCUGGGCGACUACUACAAAUUGUAUAAAGGCUGUUACUCGAGGGCUUCGAGAUCUUCACUCCUCCUCGCCAACGAGUCUUCCGUGCCUACUACUCAUCCCUCAUCUACCUUCUUUGGAACGCAUCAUGCUCUCCAUCCUCGCCUUUGUUGCUCUCUUUGCCGCUUCUGCUCAGGCUGGCAAGCGUGGUCUCGCUUGGCCAUGGUACAACAACCCUCUCGACCCUGGCGUCUUGAACAACGGUGACGGUGAAGUCGUCGCUAUCUACGACUGGGAGACCUACGCACCUCCCUCUACAAACGGCGCUGGUGGUCUUGGCUUCAUUGGCAUGCAGCGCUGCACGGAUUGCUCGUCCUCUCCUGUAGCUGAACUCGCUAGCCGUCAAGCCGCGCAGGGUUGGGCUACCGUCUUCAGCUUGAACGAGCCCGACGGUACCUCCGCCUACGUUAGCCCCAGCGCCGCCGCUUCUUGGUACAAGCAGUACAUCAACCCGCUGGCAAUCAAAAAAGCCCUUCCAGCUAUCACUUCCAGCGCGUCCGCUGGACAGGGCCUUGACUGGCUUCAACAGAUGAUCAACGCCUGUGCCGGUGCUUGCUACUUCGACUACAUCAACCUCCACUGGUACGGAAACAGCUUCGCGGACUUCCAGGCUUACGUCGAGAAGGCGCACAACCAGUUCCCCAGCUACCAGAUCGUCAUCUCCGAGUUUGCUCUCCAGAACCCGUCCGGUGGGCAAUCCGCCCAGGUUGCUUUCUUCCAGUCUGCCUUUGCCUGGCUGGACGCGCAGAGCUACAUCCAAUUAUAUUUUGCUUUUGCGGCAACUUCUCCCGCUCUCAUGUCUGCAAACGACGCCGCCGCCGCAUCCUACGUCGGUACCGGGUCUUGCUUGUACAAUAACGACGGGUCUCCCUCGGCCGUAGGGAACUUGAUGUACUAAGCACGCACAUCAGAUGUGCUAUGUUUGCUACAUGGUGCUUGUAUGAGUCCUUAAACUCUCUCAUACAAUGGGAGUUUGACGGUCUUGACGAAGGAUAGAAGAGGGGGUUGAGAGGGGGGGGGGAGCCUUGCCUUGAAUUGUUACGUUCUCUAAAACAUUUCUUCUUCAGGGUCAUUAUGGACUGGUAUUUAUGGGUUAUGUUGUACGGAUAGAGUGAACUUAUUAAUAAUGUAAAAAGGGUCUCCCUUGGGUACUCCAAGC